ACGGUGGUAAAGGUUUAUUCUCGAGUAUUAUGUACGGAUAUGGAAUACAAAACGUUAUCAAUCAAUCCACUGACCACGAGUAUCGACGUUGUGAGAAUGCUAUUGAGUAAAUUUAAAAUGAAACACCGCGAUCCAAACUUAUUCUACUUAACUAUGGAAGUUUGGAUAAGGAAAACGGGAGUACCAAUUAAGUCAGUAAUGGUUUUGGAUGAUGAGGCUCGCCCGGCCGAAUUACAAGCUUGUCAUCCUCGUGGAGAAUCAAAAUUCUCUCUUCAAAUGAGAAGAGGUGGUUUAGUCAAAGUUUAUGCAAGUUGUUUAAUGACAGCUUCAUUAUAUAAGAGUUUGCUUGUUUCUGAGAGGACAACAGUGGAAGAAUUAAUUCAAUUACUUCUUCAUUGUUACAACUCUCGAGAACAACCAACAAAAUUCUCUCUAUACGAAGUCAGCACUAGUAGGAGAUAUGAAAGAAAAUUACACCCACAUGAUUAUCCCUUGCUGAUUCAGCAAGAUUGGGCUAAUCCCCUUCAUUACGCAUUUCACCUACGAAGAAAUUCAGACAGCUAUCAGAGACGACUUUCUUGGAUGCAAAGUAUUGAGAUGUCUGACCAGCUAAGUUAUCAAUGGAACAAGAGUAGCAUUGGUAUCAACAACAGUCAUACUCCAAAGAUUCAGUUAACAUUUAAAGAAUAUGAUAAACAUUUUUAUAUAUAAGAUAUUUAUAUCAGAGAGAGAGAGAGAAACUCUGAUGUACAUAUUUAAUAUCAGACUAAUCCACUAAUGGAUCACAGAAUCUGCAUCCUAGUCAUUUCAAGAUGCAACUUAAACAAUGAUUCUCAAAAUACAAACUAGUCUAAAAGAGUUUAUGUAAAUAACAAGUUUACCAAAGCAUAAAACUUGGAAACAACCAAUUAAAAAUUUGGAGAGUUUUCAAAUUGUCCAAAUUUAGUCAUUAAAGAAAUAUAUCUGAUUUAUUAAUUUGACUAUUAUUUGCUGUAUUUUAUUAAAUAUCAUUCUUAUAUAAAUAUAUAUGUAUACAUUAUAUACAUAUACUAUGUUUUUACAAAUAUAUGUGGAGAAGUAUGUUUCUCAUAUAGUCAGGCAAAUUGUUCAAAUUAUAUUGUAAAUAAAAAUAAAUGUAACAAA